AUGAGUUCAACUUCAUUUGGUAAAAAACAAUGUAUGUUGUGUAACAAAAUUGACGGUAUAUUGACUUGUGACGGAUGUCAACAAGCUUUCUGUGGUAAACAUGGCAUUGAACAUCGACAACAACUUAAUAUUGGAUUAGAAAAUAUAAUGCAAGAACAUGAUUUAAUUCAACAAGAUAUUGGAUUAUCAAUAGAUAAUGAUUUAUUAUUGAAAGAAAUUGAUAAAUGGGAACAAGAAUCUAUGAAAAAAAUUCAAUUAGCAGCUGAAAAAGUUCGAACUGAUCUAAAACAAAUUCUUGAAAGUUCAACUAAUCAAAUUUUAAAAACAUGUCGAAAUGUUGCAUCGAAACUUCUUUCUGCACGAGAAGCUGAAAUUUUUUCAGAAAUUGAUUUAAAACGAUGGACAGAACAAUUAAAUGAACUUAAAUCACAAAUAAAAUUAUUAUCCAUGAUUCAUAUUGUAGAAGAGAAUAAGUCUCCUGUUUAUCUCAUUGAGAUAAAACAAACUAACAAUGUGAAUACAUACAUAAAAAACAAAGAAUUAUUAUCAUUUAAAAGAAUUGAAGAAAGAUUUAUUGAAGGAAAUGGUUUAGCUAUAAUCGAAGAUGGUGGUCUUCGUAUCAAACAUAUUGAUAGUGAUCAUAAAUUUAUUUAUUUUCGUGGUCAAAAAUCUUAUACGAAUGGUUGUCAUACGUUACAAUUUAAAAUUGAACAUAGUACAGGUUCUUAUGAUACUUUUAUUGGUAUUUCUUCAUCUGAUAUUAAUUUACGACAGAUUAUGUAUCAUUAA